AUGUAUGGAAAGCUCGGCCAGAUGCCAGUCACGUCGCCAGAAUUGAUGUGGCAUGACAACAUUACACACCGUGAUUUGCUCUUUGGAAUGAUGGGAAUGUUCUCGAAAGUUGUACACCAAGGGUUUGGAGUUGGUGAUGCAAUGGGCCGGGACAAGAUUGGUAUUUACAGCGCAGUGGAAAAUUAA